ACAAACGCAGAAGCAGACACACACUGAGCAGUGAGCUCCCCCAUCCCCACAUGUCAAACAGAGCACAACCCACACGCUCCAGACAUCAAGCAGCCCAAGACAAAGCAGCGACGGCGACGCCAUGGCUAUGAUGAUGCCACCCGCGGUGCUCGUGCUCCUCGCCCUCGCGGCCGCGGCUGCGCUGCUGCAGCCGGCGCGGGCGCAGAUAUCGGUCGCGCCCUGGGGCGCCCCCGCGCCGGCGCUGGAGUGCACGGGCGCGCUGCUGAACCUGACGUCGUGCCUGACGUACGUGGAGCGCCGGAGCUCCCUGACGUGGCCGGAAAAGGGCUGCUGCGGGGCGCUCGCGGGCGUCGUGGGCGGUGGCGACGAGGCCGCCUGCCUGUGCGGGCUCGUCGCUGGGUAUGGCACGCGCGGGGUCCGGGUCGACCCCGUGCGCGCGCUCGCGCUGCCCACCAUCUGCCGCAUCGACGCGCCGCCGCCCAGGCUCUGCGCCGCGCUCGGCCUGCCCGUCGCCGAGCCGCCGGGCGGCGGCGCCGCGCCGGCGGAAUCAGGGUCCGACGUACCGACGACCACACCGACAACGGCGUCCACGAACGGCGGCCCAGCGACGGUCCAGCAAACCUCAAGAAGUCCGUACCUGGUGGCUGUCCCACCCUGCCUCAUUCUCUCCACGCUGCUGCUGUAACUAGCAAGUCAUACAAUACAGCUCGCAGCAGCGUAGAGUUGCUGCACAUUUGUACAAGUGUAAAUGUACACACGCGUUCCGCCGCCACCGAUCGAAUCAAUUCGGCGUUCCGUCCAUACAACAAACGGCCCCGGUUGGAUUGCAUAUCGGCGUAUCCGCGUAUGUGCCCAACUGCCCACCGCCCAGCCAAAUCAAAUCAGCCGGUGGCGACUGAUGGGAGCACCUGAGCCGCAGGCCGCAAAAGCGAAGCGGCCGACGGGACGGGACAAGGCGCUUCAAAUCGUUAGAGGCGGCACGGCGCGGGGUGCUGGUCGAUGCGUCGCGCCCGGCAUGGACCGAGGGGGGCGCGCGCGCGCGCACGGCCAGCGUGUGACAGCUAGCUAGCUGUUUUGGUGGUUGGAUUGGGUUGGGUCACACGAGACACGAACGCGGGACUUGGUUGCGGUGGCGAGGCCGAGGCGUGCCAUGCCGGCCCGUACCGGGGGCAGCAUACGAUGAUGACACGAGGCCGGCGGGAGGCGCGGGACCGUCGUGUGACCUGGCAUUUGGACGUGCGUGCCUGGCCUAGCCGGUCGGUGG